CUCCCAAUGAUCGAAAGAUCUUGCUAUCGGCCAUGCCUCAAUCGCGCUCGGAAUGUUUGUCCCCGUUGACUACCCAGUCCCAACGCGAUCGAUUGGUCCGUCGACCACUCCUCCCCCAUCAAACCCACAGUAGUCCCACCAAUGAUGACGCCGCCCCACAUACCCUAUCCUACGAUGAGUCAGUGUUCAUUGAGGCUCGUCGGACAGCAAGCCGUGGCACGGGUGUUUCGCCCGACCAAGCACGAACGUCACCUCGUCAGUUCGCCACCAGCUCUCCCCGCGACCUCGAGGGACUCCCAGAUCGGAUGACUAAUCACACGCCUGAUGUGUCCAACAUCAGUCUGAAACCUGUUUCCGGUCGGCGGAGCAAAUUGACACAAAAGAAAGUCAAGGACCUGAGCGAGUCCCAGACCAGUGAUGAGGAGGAUGCCCAGCCUCCCGGGUUGACCCAUAAGUCCCAGCGUGAUACCAAGGGAGCCCAACCAAGUUCAAAGAAGCCCAAAGCCGUCCAUUCACCGUCGUUGAACCAAUGUCGAGCGGUACCGAUACUAAUCUUAAUCAUGGGGAUUAUGGCGGCCUUUAUUGCAAAGGAUCACUUCGCCCCGAUUAACCCGUCCAAUCCUAUGCAGUUAUUGAGCCAAGGUCUCCAGGCUUUGGGCCGUGAAUUUCCCAAUGAGAAAGAGCUUUUGCGUCUUUUUGAGGCAAGUGUGACUGACACGCUUAGAUUCGAGUUUCAACCCGCUACGAUCCUGGUUACCUCGGAUGCGGCCCACGCUGAUUCGCUGGAUUGCUUUCUAAGACAGUUGAUGACCUUAGCUGCUCGAGUCAUGGAGUCUUCACCCGAUGUGGAAGGGUUGAGAGCUGAUUCCUUCGAGAAUCGGGCUGCGAUGCAAGAAAAGCUGCGACGAUCAUUGGCUGAAAACCAAGCCGUUUACUUGAAAGACAUUCACAAAGUCUCCGGCCAAACAGCUUUGGCUUUGCACGCCAUCUGUGAUAAUGAACAUGCGCCUGUAAAGCGGGCCAUUCUGAUUCUAUCGGCAACUGGUCCGGGUUUGCUUGAUUCUGAAGUGGACGUGGACAAUUUACUGAAGGAGAGUUGGGAACCGGAAUUGGGCAUAGACAAAUAUUCGCCCAUUUUCUCCCGAAUAUCCGGCUUCAUCGGCUAUUUUCGGCCCAAUUUGACGAACUCUUCUCAGUAUUGCAAAUAACAAAAUAAUAAUCGGUCGAACACAACCAAAUACAAACUCAAGUGGCUUAAAACCAAGUCAAUUCUUUUUAGGUCAGGUUGCCCAUGACCAUGCCGAAUGAAAAUAAACGGGAAGUGCCUGA